AUGAGUGGAGUUAUUAUCGACUGCCUCACGCUUCCGACUCCAGGUCGCUACGUGCAGCCACACGAGAGCAAAGACUUUUCCUCCGCCACCAACAUUCAAGUUUCCAUCCAGCAGGUGCUCCGCAACAGAGAUGCGGCACUCCAACCGCGGCAGGAGCAAGACAAGAGACACCUAGGGCCAGGGAGGCCUCUCCACACGGAGACGCUCUCACAACAACUGAAGGAAAAGGUGAAGGCGGGGAAGGACUUGGUCUGGACUACCGACAUUGACGUCGAGCUCCCCAUUAAACUUGCGGAAAGCGGCCCGGCGGCUAUACCCCCCCAGACAAUUGUCGAAUUCUUCGGGGACUGUGUUCGACGCUUUAGCUCCGAACCAGCGUUGCUCUUCGAGCCACACUUCCCAGAACUCAAGAGCAGCAGCGGCGAUAAAGAGAGCCUCAGCAGCUCGCGCAUUGGCGGUUCUGCAAACGCGGAUAACGAUGACGGCGGCAGUCAAAGGGUCUGCUUCCCCAAGGGCAGUACAGCGCCCCUCCAGGCAGUCCCCCCCUCGUACGCUCCAGACUUGAUUCCCGGAUGGUGUGGCUACACCUGGUUCGGUUACUGGUCAGAUGCCUGUUUCUUCGCCAAGGCCCUUAUGCAUUUGGGGGCACCCCGCCUCUGCCGUGUGGCCAUCAUGGGUUGCAAUGCUGCGGCGUGGGCGAUCUCGUUCUACGGCACCAUCUUUUCUGGGGGUGUUGCGGUCGGCGUUUACACAACGAACAACGAGGAGGCGUGUAAGUACGUCAUUGAGCACUCCCAGUGCUUCCUUGCGGUCGUCGAUACGGCGGAGAACGCGCUCAAGAUGCUCGCCGUUCGGAAGCGACAGUUGCAGCAGUUGCAGCAGGAGCAGCAAGAGCAGAAGCGGGAGGGGCGCCUGUUGGCGGGGGGCAGCCGUGUGCUGCAGCAAAUCGUGGUCUACAGGGAUCAAGUGCCGCCGUCGCUCGCAGCGGAGGGGGUUGUUGUGUCCUUCGACGACUUCCUCUCCCUGGGUAGGGGGGUGAAAGACAGUGACCUCUCCGUUCGGAUGGAGCAGCAGAAGCCAGGAUCCUGUUGCACCGUCGUGUAUACUAGUGGAACGACAGGAAAUCCGAAGGGAGUGAUGCUUAGCCACGACAACUUGACGUGGACUGCGAGCCUCAUGGCGCAGAUCAUAUCGCUUACGAGAGAAGACCGCAUCGUGUCUUUGUUGCCGCUCUCCCACGUGGCUGCUCAGAUCGUGGACCUUGUCGCGCCACUGAUUAUGGGGACGGCAGUCUUCUUUUCACGCCCUGACGCCUUGAGAGGCACGCUGCUCGAUACGUUGCUCAAGGUGAGGCCUACUUGGUUCCUGGGCGUCCCUCGCAUAUGGGAAAAAAUGGAGCAGAAGCUGAGAGAGGUGGGAGCGAAAGGCAGCGCCUUACGGAGACGCCUCAGUACUGCCGCGAAAGACAUCGGCUAUGCAGGUGCAUGCGCGCUGCUCGAGGGCCGGCAGCCCCCCUUGGCUUUUGCAGCAGUCAACAAAGUGCUGCUGCAUCAGGUACGAAAGGCCUUGGGAUUCGACCGCUGCAACGCUUGGGGGAGCUGCGCCGCCCCCAUAGACCCCGAAACACAAAAAUACUUCCUUUCCCUUGGCAUGCCCAUCAACUCCCUCUAUGGCCUCAGCGAAAGCACAGGACCUCAGACCUUCAUCGCGCCUGCACCUGGAUGGUUCAAGCUAGGCAGCAUCGGCCACUCGAUGCCUGGCACAGACACACUGAUUUUGAACCCCAAUAGCGACGGCGAAGGCGAGAUCUGUUUCCGCGGGCGUAAUAUCUUCAUGGGCUACUUGAGUGACGACAAGGCCACCAUGGAGGCCGUGGACCCCCAGGGAUUUCUGCACUCGGGAGAUCUCGGGAGGGUUGACGAGGAAGGAUUUCUUUUCAUCACGGGAAGAGUCAAGGAACUGCUGAUUACAGCAGGAGGAGAAAACGUGGCUCCCCUGCUCAUAGAGAACGCCAUCAGACAGGAACUGCCCAUCGUUUCAAACUGCAUGGUGGUGGGAGACAGAAAGAAGUAUCUGUCAGUUCUCAUUUGUCUCCACACCACUAGAGACAAGGACGACGCGCCCACGCAAACCCUCGACACUCAGGUCCUAAAAGCCAUUGCCCCCCUUGGUGGAACCUCCAAAACAACCAUGGAGGCGGCCGAAGAUCCCGUGGUGAACCAGCUCAUCUUGGCAGGAUUAGAACGUGCUAACAAGAAAUCUAUUUCUAGGGCUCAGCGUGUGCUGGCAUGGCGCGUACUUCCGAUCGACUUCUCGGUGGCUGGCGGGGAGUUGACGGCCACUUUGAAGCUGAGGAGGAAGGUCGUAACUAAAAGGUAUGAGGACCUCAUUGAGCAGAUGUACAUACACCCCCAUCCGCCAUGUCUGCAGUCCAAUCGUGCUGCUGCCAAGCUGUAG